AUGCAUUUCACCAACUUUAUCAGCUUGCUUGCUGCACCAGCUAUUGUCGCAGCUACCCUCGCCCCGGCUUCGUCAAACACCAAGGGUUACAAACCUAGUAACCUGAACUGCAGUGCCACAAAGGUCUCUAAAGCCAUCCAAGCGGCCGAGUGUUCCCACAACACUCGCACUUCCAAGACCCAAACAUUCGCCGUCUUCGAGACCGACCACCAAUACGACUCCGUUAAAGGCGCUCCAUACGGUACAUGCAGUGCGUAUACCUGCACUGCCCCGACCAGUGGUGAGUUGGAGGAGAACCCAGACUACUGGAUCUUCUAUUGGGGCAGUGGUGGUAAGAGUACCGGAUACGGCACGACCUGUAUCAAGUCUCCCGACACCGGAGAGUGUGGUUGCGAGAACUCGGAUGGUACUUUCAUUGCUGGCAGUGAUAGCUGUACUUAG